CGGGCGGCCGUGACCCUGCUGGAGUGCGGGGGGGACCUCCAGCCCCCCGGGGGGUCCCUGACGUUGCUGUGCCGCGCCUCUGGCUUCAAUUUCACAAAAUCUGCAAUGUUCUGGAUCCGCCAGAGACCCGGGCAGGGGCUGGAAUACGUCGCGGGCAUCAACGGUGACGGUUCCACCCCCAGAUACGCGCCAUCGGUCAAGGGCCGGUUCAGGAUCUCCAGGGACAACGGGCAGAGCUCGGUGACGCUGACCAUGAACAGCCUCAAGGACGAGGAUUCCGGAUCCUAUUUCUGUGCCAAAAACGCCUAUGAUGGAUUUGUGGUGAAGAACGAGGAUUUGGGGCCAGGAGUGCAGAUUUCGGGCCCAGAACGAGGAUUUGUGGUGAAGAACGAAGAUUUGUGCCCCCGCCGCCCCCUCCCCCAGCCCCGCGCCGCCCUCCCCCCCGCCCCCGGAGCUGCGGCUGAUCCUGGAGGAGCUGCGGCAGCUGCAGCAGCGGCAGCUCCUGCAGAUGCAGCUGACGCAGGAGAUCUGCCGCCAGCUCCUCCUGCUGGGGGCGCUGGAGGCGCCGCCGAGGGCGCCCCAAAAAGCGGCGCCGAGAACGCCCCAGAAACCCCCGCAAAAAACCCCGCAGAGAGCGGCCAAUCAGAGGAGGCCCCGCCCCCCGCCCCGCCCCCGCCUGCUGCUGCUGCCCGCCCCCUUCGGCAAAGCCGUGGCCUUGGCGUCCACGUUGGGUUCUUCGUCGUCGUUGAGGUCGACGUUGGGGUCGGCGGCGUCGUUGGGGCCGAUUUUGGGUUCCUCGUCGUCGUUGAGGUCGGCGUUGGGUCCAAACUUGGGGUCCUCGUUGGGUUCUUCGCAGUCGUUGAGCCCAGUCUUGAGUUCGUCGUCGUCGUUGAGGUCGACGUUGGGUUCUUCACAGUCGUUGGGUCCGGCUUUGGGUUCUUCGUCUUCAAAGAGGCCGACGGGGCCGACGUUGGACGCGGCGUUGGGUUUAGCGCCGUUGUCGGGGUCAGCGUUGGGUUCUUCAUCGUCAUUGGGCCCAGGCUUGGGGUCUUCAUCAUCAGUGGGGCCCAUGUUGGGUUCAGCACCAUCGGUGAAGUCAACGGGGUCAACCUUGGGGUGUUCGUUGGGUUCUUCAUCAUCAACGGGGUCAACGUUGGGUUCAAUGCCAUCAGCGGGGUCAACGUUGGGUUCAGUGCCAUCAGUGGGGUCAAUGUUGGGGCCAACAUUGGGUUCUUCGCCAUCGUUGGGCCCAGCGUUGGGGUCACCGCCAUUGGUGAGGUCGACGGCGUCAACAUUGGGUUCUUCAACUUCAGCAAGGUCAACGCUGGGGUCUUCGUCAUCCACGGGCCCGUCCUUGGGUCCAGCGCUGGGCUCUCCGUCAGUGUUGGAGUCAGCGCCAUCAGUGAAGUCAACGUUGGGCCCAACGUUGGGUUCUUCUGCAUCCUUGGGCCCAAUGUUGAGUUCCUCAUCAACAUUGGGCCCAACGGCGUCGCUGGGUCCAAGGUUGGGUUCAACGCCAUCAUUGGGGCCUUCAUCAGUGUUGGGUUCUUCAUCAACGCUGCCGCCUCCAUCAACGUUGGGUUCUUCUUCAGCAUUGGGCCCAACAUUGAGUGCGAAGCCAUCAUUGGGUCCAACGUUGGGUUCUUCUUCAACCAUGGGUUCUUCGUCUCCCUUGGCUGCGCCGUUGGGUUCCUCGUUGGGUUCCUCAUCAACGGUGGGUUCUUCAUCAACGUUGGCCCCACCAUUGGGUUCCUCUUUGGGUUCCUCACCAACGUUGGGCCCAGCGUGGGGUUCUUCAUCACCGUUGGGUUCUUCAUCACCGUUGGCCGUCUGCCCGAAGCGUCCCCACCAUCGAGCGGCCGAGCGGCCCCGGCACCGCGGCGACCUCCAGGCGCACCUGCGGCGCCGGCGCGGCCCCCAGGUCCCCCCGGAAGCGGCCACGCCCCCUCCAGCUCCAGCCACGCCCCCUCUGCCGAGCCCCGCCCCUCAAGAGCUCCAAACAAACCCCGCCCACUCUUCAAGCCACGCCUCCUUCCCCAAGCGCCGCCUCCUGUGCCCCGCCCACCAGGAUGAGGCCACGCCCACUCCGUGCUCCACCCCCUUCGAGGCCUCCAGGGUUCAGGAAUUGGGGGAAAAAUUGGAAUUUCCAGCCCCAAAUUUGGGGCGAAAUUCUUCGACUUUGGGGGAAAUUCAGAUUUGGAGGAGAAUUCCUCAAACUUGGGUGGAAAUUCUCCAAAUUUGGGUGGGGAUUCCACAGUUUUGGGUGGGAAUUCAGAAAAUUGUGGGGAAGUUUCCACAAAUUUGGGUGGGAAUUAUCAGAAUUUGGAUGGCAAUAUCUUAAUUUUGAGUGAGAAUUCCACAAUUUUGUGUGGGAAUUCUCAAAAUUUGGGUGAGAAUUCUGCAAAUUUGGGUGCAACUUCUGUGAUUUUGGGUGGAAAUUCUGCAAUUUUGGACAGGAAUUCUCCAAUUUCAUGUGAAAAUCCCUCAGAUUUGGGUAAGAAUUCCUCCAUAUCAGGCAGGAAUUCCCCAAUUUUGAGUGAAAAUUCCACAGUUUUGGGUGAGAAUUCCUCAGUUUUAGGUAGUAAUUCCGCAAGUUUUGGUGGAAAUCCCUCAGUUUUGAGUGAAAAUUCCACCAUUUUGGGCGGGAAUUCCUCGGAUUUGGGCGUGAAUUCUGCAAUUUUGGGUGGAAACUCUCCAUUUUUGGGUGCUGACAAUGGAGACCCUGAAACUCCAGGGGAGUAAUUUGGGGGGGGGACUCCAAAAUUCAUCUCAGGAGCCCCAGAAUUCCCCAAAAAUUCCCCUAUAAAACUGAUUA